UCUUCUCAUGUCUACAUAAUAUAGUAGUAUCUAGUGCUACGCAUAGUACUUAGUAUAGUACCUGAUUGUACGAAGUUAGUACAUGCAUACAAGAAAUCAGCAUGGGUAGCACGGAGGUAACACCGAUUCCAAAGAAAUUAAACGAAAGCAACGAUAUCGCUGAUGUUUACGGGCCGAACUUAAAAAUCCUACCAUGCAAUAAUCAAGUGAAGGAACUGCAGACUAUAUUGCGAGACAAAAACACCACGAGGAGCGAUUUCAAGUUCUACGCCGACCGUCUGAUAAGACUAGUGAUAGAAGAAAGUUUAAAUCAAUUACCUUUCUCCAAAUGUGUGGUAACUACACCAACUGGUGCCAAAUAUAAUGGUUUGAAGUAUCAGAAAGGAAAUUGUGGAGUGUCUAUUGUAAGAAGUGGAGAAGCCAUGGAACAGGGCUUAAGAGACUGUUGUCGUAGUAUAAGAAUUGGGAAAAUAUUAGUUGAAAGUGAUGCAGACACUCAUGAAGCCAAAGUAGUUUAUGCAAAGUUUCCAGAUGAUAUAUCUGAAAGGAAAGUCUUACUUAUGUAUCCAAUAAUGAGUACUGGGAAUACUGUGAUAAAAGCAAUUGCUGUCCUAAAAGAACAUAAUGUAAUUGAAGAAAAUAUAAUUUUAUCAAAUUUAUUUUGUACACCAAUUGCAGCUAAGUCUCUAGUCACUGCCUUCCCUCAGAUGAAGAUUUUAACAUCAGAGAUUCAUAGCAUUGCUCCAAAUCAUUUUGGACAGAAAUACUUUGGAUGUUCUCGUUUCGUCGUAGGGGAGACUACAAACAUACAAGGGAAAGAUAUUUGAAGAAUUUGUGUUACGAAUAUACACACACGUUAUGCAGAUGUUAGAGUUUAAUUUCAUUUUUUAACAAAUUUCAAUUGAAAAUAAUUACCAAAAAGUUAAGGAAUAUAUUUUUUUAAUGUAAUUAUGCCAUACGUUUAAAAUAUUUCUGUAGUCAGUUUAUUACAUAAAAAUAGCUAAUUUAUCUAUUAAA